GUAAUGUCUCCGCCCACUCGUGUGGUGUCACCGACGGGGGCAGUGGCGGGAUUGUGAGGAGACUGAGGUGAGAGUCCACCUACCGAACUACUAACCUACCUGAGGAGAGAAAGAGAGAGGGGGGGUUCACCUACUUACCUUGUAUGUGAGACAAUUGUGUGGAUAGAUCUCAUCUGGAAAACCGGCCUUCUCGUUCCCCCGACAGCCCUAUGGAUUCUGGUCAGGAGCGCGUGGUCGCUCUCGUAGACAUGGAUUGUUUCUACGUCCAGGUGGAGCAGAGGUUGCGCCCGGAGCUAAAGAAUAAGCCGGUGGUUGUGGUGCAGUACAAGACCUGGAAAGGAGGAGGGAUUAUAGCGGUCAGUUAUGAAGCCCGGGCUUUUGGGGUGACCCGAAACAUGUUUGCCAACGACGCCAAGAAGCUUUGCGCUGACCUGCAGCUUGCCCGUGUCAGAGAGACUCAUGGGAAAGCCGAUCUGACAAAGUAUCGGGAGGCCAGUGUAGAAGUGAUGGAGAUCAUGUCUCGGUUUGCCGUGGUUGAACGAGCGAGCAUUGAUGAGGCUUACAUAGACCUGACUGAAGCUGUGCAAAAACGAUUAAAGGACAUGGAGGGUCAACCUGUAUCGGAGGAUAUGCUGAGAUGCACCUAUGUUCAGGGCUAUCCUCGGCUGAACCCAACGUCAGAGGAGAGUCUCACCAAAGAGGAGCUGCGCUGUCUGGGAAUGAAGCAGUGGCUGGAGUCCCUCCCCCAGGGAGCCCCUCAUAGUCCUGAGCUGAAUCUGACUGUUGCAGCCAUCAUUGUAGAGGAGAUGAGGGCGGCAGUUGAGGAAGAGACGACCUUUCAGUGCUCUGCCGGGAUUUCUUACAACAAGGUUCUGGCAAAGUUGGCUUGCGGAUUUAAUAAACCGAACCGCCAAACUAUCGUUUCUCAGAGCUCUGUGCCGGAACUAUUCAAUCGGCUGCCUAUUGAAAAGAUACGCCAUCUUGGAGGUAAACUUGGGACAUCUAUCAAAGAGGUUCUAGGCGUAGAGUACAUGGGUCAGCUGACCCAGUUCAGUGAAUCACAUCUCCAGAACCACUUUAGUGAUAAAACCGGAUCGUGGCUCUAUAACCUCUGCCGUGGAAUUGAAGAUGAGCCGGUGAAGCCCAGACAGCUACCCAAAUCUAUUGGCUGCAGCAAAACAUUUCCUGGAAAGACGGCGCUGUGCACACGAGAGCAGGUGCAGCAUUGGCUCUUACAGCUGGCUCUGGAGCUGGAGGACAGGCUGAAGAAGGACAAGGACACGAAUCAAAGAGUUGCCAAACAGCUGACAGUGGGCACCCACCGGCAGGGAGACCCUGGUUGGAGUAGUGUGUCCCGCUGCUGUGCCCUUACCCGCUAUGAAGCACAGAAGAUCAGCAGUGAUGCCUUUGCGGUCCUGAAAACAUUUAAUGUGGCUGGAAACCACCAAGCUGCGUGGUCUCCAUCGCUCAAUCUGCUAUCACUCUCAGCGAGUAAGUUCACAGAGACCGCAUCAUGUGGAAGUGGAAUCGCCAGCUUUCUCACCAAAGAUCCAGCCAGCACCCAGAAGCCUCCCAUCGGCCUCACACAGACGUCGCCGAGCAGCCCUAAGACUCCACAGAAAGAGCGCCAAGAUUCAGAGAUCGGAACUCCCAGUACCAUCCAGCUGAUGUUCCAAAAAGCAGCGGAGAAGAGGAAGAACAUCCCAGAGGAGACCCCUUUUCCCAGUGUUUCCACCCAAAAUCCAGAUGAUGAGAAAGACUGUGUGAAUAGCACUGCGACUGUCCGAAGAUCCUUCUUUGAGUCCAAAUCUCGCCAACGGCUUACAAUGGACCUGGAGCAAUCUGAACCACUGAGCAGUGUCCAGGAUGGAGGGGCCUCCUAUGAGGAUCAUGUAUCUGAUAAAUGUGUAAAUUUCUCUUCCACGGACCCAGUAGAACAGAAACCAGCCCACCCUGAGGAAGACAUGACAAGCUGUGAGAAGUGUCACCAGCAGAUCCUGGUGUGGGACAUCCCAGAACACAUGGAUUAUCACUUUGCCCAAGAAUUACAAGACUCUUUCUCCGUUCCUACUCCUAGCACCCCUCUACCUAGACCCACCAUGACGCCUCAAGCCAGACCUAAAAACAAACCUAAGAACCAUCCAACUCCCAAUGCAAAACGUCCCCGCAGUGAAGGCAGCAGGACUUUGGAUACCUUCUUCAAAAAAGCUCCUUAGCUCCUGUCUUUUGAUGAUGUACCACACUGUAAUCUGCUGCAUAGACUCUUCUGUUGGGAAUAGACCCCUAUGGAAAGCCUCUGUGACCAUUAAUAUUUUUAUAUUUUAUGAAGUUGUCGUAUGCUAUAACGUUUUAAAAGUGGACCUGAACUGUAGGAGAUGUGCCGAAAAAUGGCAAGCAGAGAGCUCAGUACUAGGCCACCCGUAUUGCUUGGUAGAGAACAAAGUAUUUGUCACCAGUAAUGCAUGUAGACUUGCUAUGCCUUUUGCACAAAAUCCCUAUGUGGAGGUGGCCAUCUUGAUAGAGGGGCAGGGCUUUCUUAUGUCAGAGCUGCCCCCAAUGACUGGUGAUCUAAUAAGGAAGCACAGAUCCACUGAGGGGGGAUUAAGCAGGGAGAUCCUUGCACUGCAGGUUUUCAGGUACAGCUUACUCUCCAGCAAGGAGAACAGUGAACAGCACAGGAGUGAUAUCGCCAAAUCUCCCUCUAAAUCUAGUGAGACUAACAGUCAGAGGCAGCAGUGCCUUGGAUAAUCAUUCACACUGCAGAUAAACAGCUAUGAGGCUACAGAAUAAAGUGCACUGCUAUCAUUCAGGAGGAAUUCAGUACAAAAGGUAAAUCUUUCCAGGGUACUGCUUUAGGCACAAUUCUUUAUUGAUGUUCUCUAUAGGGCAGCACGGUUUAGGCUGGGUUCACACAUUGGCAAAUUAGAUGCAUUGUGAACCGGCAGCCUUCUCUAUAAUGCCGGUUCACAUAUCUGCUGGCCAGCCACGGUUUGUUUUUAAAAAGAGUCCUGUGGGUUUUUUUUU